CUACGAACCUUUUAGAUUUAGACGUUGUUGCUUCCCGAAUCGGACUAUGUCUUCACUCCUGUCUUAUGUUGACUUUUCCAAGCCCUCGCUGUUGCUCUCGCUGGCCUCCAUCGCUUUCAACCCGAUCGCAUGGAACAUUCUGACGCAAUUUUACGCCCUAGAGUACAGGAAUAAGACGAUAACUCGUAUGUUUGGUGAGAAUGCACGCCGCGGGUGCUAUUUCCUUGCCUUCCUCAUUUUCUCGUUCGGCAUGCUGCGCGACACAUUCUACGAACGCGCGCUGAACGACCAGCCACGUCACGCCCUCCUGCCGGCACCGUAUAAUAAGCUCGUGCCCGCCGCACUCUUCGUUGUCGGCCAGACGUUCGUUGUGACGUCGACCUGGGCUCUGGGCAUCACGGGCACGUUCCUCGGCGACUACUUCGGCAUCCUCAUGGACCACCGCGUCGAGGGCUUCCCGUUCAAUGUCCUCCGUGACCCGAUGUACGUCGGGAGCACGAUGUGUUUCUUCGCUGGCGCGCUUUGGUACGAGCGUCCCGCAGGCCUGCUUGUCACGCUCUAUGUGUACGUUGUCUACCUGAUUGCUCUGCGUUUUGAGGGGCCCUUCACGGACAUGAUCUACUCAAAGCGCGCCUCGAGCCAAAAGAAGGCGGAGAGCAAGAAGGAGCUCUGAGCUUCCUGUCUUUCGCUUCCGAUCUUCACGCCCCUCACGACCCAAAAGCACCACCCAUUCUUGACGAUCCUACCAUGGCUUAUAAUGACUAGACUUUCACCAGUCUUAGAGGUUUCGAGCGCGACUCCGCGAGUCGUGCAUAGAGGGCUUCAACGCCUUUGUUACUCUACUCAGGCUUGUCUGUACUUAAUAUCAUGCUUGUGCUUUCCGUAAAUUCUCUGCGCCGGGAAGUUCUUUGUACUGGCUAUGCCCUCUUCUCAGAACGAUAGCGACCUUUCACGUUGUCACAGCUAUAUGACAUGAGGACAUUUGGCUAUCCUCAAAAAGUACUAGUCGUAUAGAUCGAAUUCGCCUAACAUAGCGGCUGUUCAGACCGUUACCCAUCGAAUCACGGGUCAAGGGCAGAAGGGAAUGUGAACCCUUCUGCAUCCCUGUGCUGCCCAACGGCAUUGAGAGCGUGCGUCCCGUAGUGCAAAACCUUUGGGACUCCGCUGCUCUCGUCCAUGCUGAGCGACAGCGAGCGCGACAUUGCGUCCGACAGGUCCCGAGACCUGGAUGUACGACGAAAACUGGAAGAGUAAGGCUGUUUGUUGUGUUUAGCGAUCUCCUUCGUGAGGGCUAUGCGCGCGACGAUGAGACACUGAGAGAUGCCCUAGACGAGGUGGUGUGAAUGCUCUCCGACCGACUGAGAGCUGCGGCGAGGACACUUACGAAGAACACCGGGAUAACACAGGCCAUGACGUAACCGACAUCGUAGUUAGUCUGCCAAUGGAGCUAAUGAACGCCAGAAGGAGAGAGGUCAAAAAACUUACGACCACGCGUCCGUUGGGCGCAAGAGAGCAGAUCUCGUACAAGAGGAGGCCGAGCCAGGUGACGAGCGCACUUUCGAUGCAUGCACGGAUGACGGUAUCGUAAUGGCGAGGGGCGCGCACACCAGCUUGGCGGGCAGACAGCCUAGAGAUAAGGGUAAGUGCGG